AUGACUUCUUCUUCUUCUUCUUCUUCUUCUUCUUCUUCUUCUUCUUCUUCUUCUUCUUCUUCCGUGUCUCUGCAAGAUCUGCUCUCGAUUUCAUUGUCUUCUUUUCCUUCUAUUAAUCAUGGGAUAAAAAUCUUUCUUUCUUUCUUUCUUUCUUUCUUUCUUUCUUUCUAUCUGUUUUUUUCUCCAUCUUCUCCAAUGUUCAACUAUUUUUUCCUUUUUUUUUUCUUUCUUUUUUUUCUUUCUUUUUUUUCUUUCUUUCAGUCUCGUCCACAUGUUAUACCAUUACUUUUUAUCUGUCUUUCUUUUCAAUUUUAUCCAAUGUUCAAAUAUUUUUCAUUCUUUCUUGCUUAUUUUUUUCUUCCUUCCAAUUUCGGCCACUGUUCUACCAUUUCUUUCUUUCUUUUUGUCUUUCUUUCUUUUUGUCUUUCUUUCUUUUUGUCUUUCUUUCGAUUUCGUCCACUGUUAUCCACUUCUUUCUUUCUUUCUUUUUCUUCCAAAGUUCAAUCAUUUUUCUUUCUUUCUUUAAAAUUCUUACAUUUAUUUAUUUUUUUAUUCUACUAUAUCCAUUUCUUUCUUUUAAAAUUUGCUGUAUUUGUUUCUUCAUUUCAUUCUCUUUUUUGUUAUUAUUUUCUUUUCUCCUUCUUUUUUAUUGUUUUUCCCCUCUCUUCCUUGUCUAUUUUCUUUACUCUUUUACCAUUAUAA